UACAGUUUUUGCUGCUGUAUGUGUCUCCUCGUGUUCUUCACUCUGAAAAUCACAGAAUCCGUUGAGAUCCCAUCAAAGCCAAACGUUGUCCUAAUAUACGGCGACGAUGUCGGCUAUGGUGACCUAAAUGUGUAUGGCCAUCCAACAAGUUGGACACCAAACCUUGACCGGAUGGCAAGAGAGGGUCUGCGCAUGCUGCAAUUCUACUCAGCGGCUCCGAUCUGCUCACCUUCACGAGCCUCUCUCAUGACGGGCAGGCUUUACCCUCGCACUGGGGUUUAUCGCUCUCCGUCGUCUACUAAUCCUACAGGUCUGGACGUAUUUUCGCCCGGAGAUGGCGGAGGAAUGUUGCUUUCGGAAAUUACCGUAGCUCAGGUACUGAAGGAGCACGGAUAUGCCACUGGGAUGGUCGGGAAAUGGCACUUGGGAAUUGGUGAGCAAGGCGAGUACUUGCCGCAUAGCCGGGGAUUUGAUAGUUACUUUGGUCUACCGUUCACACAGAGCGCUUGCCUGUCGGAUAUCAACCCCGUCCCUCCAUCGCCUGAUCAUCCAGGUUAUUGUUUUCUUUACCGCAAUUCAACUAUUGUGAGCCAACCCGCUGAUAUUCGUGAUCUUGAUGCUGUCUAUGUUCAAGAAGCAAAAGAGUUCAUCAGUAAUCAUCAACACGAGCCAUUCUUCUUCUAUUUUGCUUCUCAUCAUACCCACAGACCCCAAUGGGCAUCAUCAAGGUAUCAAGACACGACUCGAAGAGGCAUAUUUGGUGAUGCUUUAGCUGAAUUGGACUGGAGUGUCGGUGAAAUUCUUUCUCAUCUUGAGUCCUUGUCUCUUGAUAGUCAAACGCUAGUGGUAUUUAUGUCAGACAAUGGACCUGAACUGAAAGACAUUGAAACGGGUGGUGAACAAGGCCCGCUGAAAUGUGGCAAAGGAACCACAUACGAAGGUGGUGUUCGCGAGCCAGCCAUCUUCUGGUGGCCUGGCAUCAUCCCAUCUCAUUCAAUAUCAGAAAGUAUUAGUAGUACACUGGAUUUGUUUACUACCAUAGUAAGUUUGACAGGUGCCACUUUACCAAAUGAUCGAGCAACUGAUGGAAUUGACCUAACUCAGUUGUUGACUAAUGACACAACUGCUAUUGUUCGUGAUCGUUUCUUCUACUACAGCGGCGUGUACCUAAUGGCUGUUCGGUAUCACCAUUAUAAGGUACACUUUUGGACAAUGGGAAGCCACUGUUUUCCACCAUACCCAGAUCAAGACUGUUGGGACACGACAACGUUAUCUCGAAAAGACCCACCUUUAUUGUUCAAUCUCGAUCACGAUCCAAAGGAGAGGCAUUCACUAAAUUUGACUGAAUACCAUAGUACAAUGGAAACUAUCCUGAAGAUCACUGCCGAGCAUAAUAGAUCAAUGACACUUGGAGUGCCCAUGAUUGGCAAGCUAUACAACAACGCAAAAUUCUUUCCGUGUUGUAGCCCUAGCUGCAAACCUCGUCCCUUAUGCUGUAGUUGCUCAAAUGACAUUUUUUAAGCUGAAAGAAUAUGUAGACUAGUACACAUAAUUUGAUUGGAGAGUGAAAAAAUAAAGUAAUACUAAAAUAAAC